AUGAGCAACUCUAAAAAUCGUGAAGAAUGUCUGCAAUCGCGGCCGGUGCGCACGGCAGGCAAGGCCAUCCAAUUCUGGGGCGAGCAACAUCGUGCGAGCCAAUACCUCGAAAAGGCUAGGUGCCAUUCUCACUACCGCACAGCAGGAAAGAAGCAGAAAAGGACGUGUUCAAUGAAAGUUCUGCUUGUUGCGUUAAUUCCCUUGGUGGGAGCGUUUCUGAAUUCAAACAGCAGUCAGCUAAAAUCCAGAAGUCCGGAGCAGUCUGCUAUUCUCUCCCGUCUCAAGCGUUCCAACGCAGCUUAUGGACGCUGUCAAAGUGGAUGGACUUACUUCGAAGAAUCGCAUGCCUGCUAUAAGACUUUCACACACUGGGUAAAUAUGUACGAUGCCGAAAGGUCAUGUAGGAAUUAUGGUGCAUAUUUGGCUUCAAUCCACAGCGACGCAGAAAAUUAUUUCGUUGCCGAGCUGUCAAGGAUGGGUAAACCAUGGACCGAUUGGCAUGAUUUGACUUGGAUAGGCCUGAAACAACCUAAUUCACACGGUGAAUGGUUCUGGACUGACGGCACAAGGGUUGACUACCUGAAAUGGGCACCAGGUGAACCUAAUGACUGGAAGGGAAUACAACACUGUGUGACGCUAAUCUGUGAUCCUCAUGCAGACGUCGCGCUUUCUCAUAUCUACCUGGGAUGGGACGACUUUGAGUGCAGCGGUAAUGUAAGAGCGUACGUAUGCAAAAAGCAGCUGCACUAUGUGCUGCACUACUAA